AUGGUUACUGAUUUUAAGUCCUUGGGGGUAUCUAAAUGGCUUGUGGAGGCCCUGAAUAGCAUGCAAAUCAGACAACCCACUAUUAUUCAACAUGCAUGUAUACCUGAAAUUCUAAAAGGCUGUGAUUGUAUAGGUGGAGCUAAGACUGGUUCUGGUAAGACUAUUGCUUUUGCAGCACCGAUGCUUACAAAGUGGUCUGAAGAUCCAAGAGGUAUGUUUGGAUUGGUUUUGACUCCAACAAGGGAGCUGGCCAUGCAAAUUGCAGAACAGUUUAGAGCCUUGGGAAGUAUGAUGAACAUUAGAGUAGCACUUAUAGUUGGAGGUAAAAAUAUAGUUGAGCAAGCUAUUGAACUGCAAAACAAGCCUCACUUCAUUAUUGCAACACCUGGUAGGCUAGCUCAUCACGUUAUGCAUAGUGGAGAUGAUACAAUUGGCGGCUUGAAAAGAGUUAGGUAUCUGGUUUUAGAUGAAGCAGAUAUGCUUUUAACGAAUACAUUCAGUGAUGACCUGGCAACCUGCAUCGGUGUUUUACCUCCAAAAGAAGACAGACAGACCUUGUUAUUCACUGCCACGAUGACGGAUCAGGUAAAGUCUUUAAAGGACAGUCCACAAGUAGUAGGAAAGCCUCCCGUAUUUUCGUACCAAGUCGAAGAGCUCGAUAAUAUUUCUGUACCAGAGACUUUGAGCAUAGAAUAUCUGUUGCUUCCAGAGCAUGUUAAAGAAGCCUACCUUUACCAAAUUCUCACAAGUGAUGAGUAUAAGGAGAAGAGCACCAUUAUAUUCGUGAAUAGAAUCAUGUCUGCGGAAAUUGUUCUUAGAACUCUUAAGCAUUUGGAUUUACGGAGUACCGCAUUGCAUUCACAAAUGCCUCAGCAAGAACGUAUCAAUUCCCUACAACGGUUUAGAGCCAAUGCAUGUAAGAUUCUGGUUGCAACAGAUGUUGCUGCUAGAGGUUUGGAUAUACCUACAGUAGAAUUGGUGGUUAACUACGAUAUCCCAGGUAAUCCAGACACUUAUAUUCAUAGAGUUGGUCGUACAGCACGUAGUGGAAGGAAAGGUGAGUCAAUAUGUUUUGUAACUCCAAAAGAUAUUUCGAGAAUUGAGGCUAUAGAACAAAGGAUAAAUAAGAAAAUGACUGAGUUCACUAAGGUCAGUGAUACUGCCGUUCUCAGAAAGGCACUAGCUAAAGUUACCGCUGCCAAGAGAGAAAGCUUAAUGGGAAUGGAUAAGGAAGGAUUUGGGGAGAGGAAAAAGUUGCAAAGAAACAAGGCUCGUAACGGAAAGAGUUUAAGCUCUCAUAAUUAG